AUGGCGGGAGUAAAGCGCAGGACCGAUGCUACGGAGGCCUCCCUCAGCAAAAGAACCAAGUCGAAGCCGUUGGCGAAGCCGGUCGAAGUGAAGGGCAAGUCCAAGUCAAAGGCCGCAAAGGUGGUGGAGGUGGACAGUGAUGAGGAUAUGCUAGAUGACGAUGACGACGAUCAUGAUGAAGAGGAGGAGGAGGAUAACUACGAGGAUGAAGAUGAAGAGGAUGAAGAAAUGGAGGAGGAGGAAUUGAGCAAUGAGUCUGAGAAAGACGCCGCAAAGGGCAACGGCAAUGCCAAUGGCAAUGCAGAAAACAAAACAAGCACGUCUAGAGAGUCCCACGCAAAGCAAAAAGCGCUUGCACAAGAGCGCAAAGCCGCCCGGCCCAAUGCCGAUGCCAUUGCGCGCACAAAGAAGAUCUGGGAAAGACUACGGCGGAAGUCCCAUGUGCCUCGCGAAGAGCGCAAGAAGCUGGUUGCCGAACUAUACGGCAUUAUAACAGGCCGGGUAAAGGACUUUGUUUUCAAGCACGAUUCAGUCCGGGUUAUCCAGACCGCGCUCAAGUAUGCGAACCUGGAGCAGCGGAAGAACAUUGCCGUCGAGCUGAAGGGCGACUACCGGAGUUUGGCAGAGAGCAAGUACGCAAAGUUCUUGCUUGGAAAGUUGCUUGUACAUGGGGAUGCAGAAAUCCGGGACUUGAUCAUACCAGAGUUCUUCGGCCAUGUGAAGAGGCUUAUCCGGCAUCCAGAGGCGUCGUGGAUCUUGGACGAUAUCUACCGAACCGUGGCCACACCGGUGCAGAAGCACAAGCUGCUUCGAGAAUGGUAUGGGAUGGAGUUUACGCUUAUGAAAGACGAGAUUAGCGAUGAGACGCCGUCGCUACCUGAAAUCCUGGAGAAGAGUCCCGAGAAGCGUGCACCCAUCCUGCAGCAUCUCCAUGGGAUGAUAAACCAGCUGAUCCAAAAGAAGACCACGGGCUUCACCAUGUUGCAUGAUGCAAUGCUGCAGUACUUCCUCAGCACGAAGCCCGGCAGCGAGGAAGCAACCGAGUUCAUCGAGCUGCUCAAAGGAGACGAAGAAGGGGACCUAGCAAAGAACCUGGCAUUUACCAAGUCUGGUGCCAGGCUGAUGUGUCUGGCGCUGGCGUACUCGAAUGCCAAAGAUCGAAAGUUGCUGCUGCGAAUGUACCGUGAUACAGUGAAGCUGAUGUCUGGAGACGUCCACGGCCACACUGUGCUCUUGGUCGCGUACGAGGUUGUGGAUGAUACCAAGUUGACUCAGAAGCUGCUGCUUUCCGAACUGCUUACCCAGGACGACCUGGUACCGCGGGCCAACGAUCAGCUGGCUCGCAUUCCCAUACUCUAUUCGUUUGCCGGCAAGAAGAACGGGUGGCUGAUUACCGAUACAGACCGCCAGAUCCUCGAUGAAGUGCGUGAGAUUCGAUCGCAGACGUCCAAGAAGGAUCCCGAGAUCCGUCAACGAGAGCUCGUCAGCGCGGCCUCUCCGGCUCUGCUCGAAUGCAUUACCAACAACGCGGCUGCCCUGGCCGAGACCAGCUUUGGAGCCCGUUUCAUCACCGAGGUCCUUUUCGACAGCACCGGUGACAAAACCGCUGCUCUCGAGGCUGUGGCGGGCCUGGCAGAGGCAGAGGGCGAUGUCCUCAAGUCUCCCAACGCCGGCCGAAUGCUCAAGGCCCUCGUCCAGGGAGGGCGGUUCAACAAUGCUACCAAGAAGGUAGAACCCGUCCAGCCUCCGCUCAACUUUGCGUCCCUUCUCUACAAGCACAUCAAGGACAACGUGCAGUCGUGGGCCACCGAGUGGAAUCCCUUUGUCAUUGUUGCCCUGCUGGAGUCCGAAGAGUUUGACAAGCGAGACGAGCUGGCAGCUACCUUGAAGAAGAGCAAGAAGCGGCUAACGGAGCUGGCCAGCAAGCCCAAGGGAGACGGAGAAGAGAAACGAGACCCUGCCAGCAGCGCUGCAAAGCUGCUCCUUGAGAAAGUCGCCUGA